AUGCCUUUGGUGGUGGUGAUCCUGCCUAAGACAGAGAAAUCACAGCAAGUGUUCGACGAAUCAGAGUUGAGGUUCAAAAGAACUCUAGACUCAUUGGGCAGGGUCACCGGUGUAGGAGCUAUCAAAGUUCAAAUCUUCCUGAAGAAUGGCAUACUAGAACCUUUGAGUGUUCAAAAUUUCAUAGACUGUUCUACAGGUGAGUACGACAACAAGAGAUGUUCAGGAGGGUUGAUGAAUAAUGGUCUCAACUACACAAGAGAUCAUGGAGUGCUCACAGAUAAAGAGUACCAGUUCAAAUCCUAUUUUGGCAAAGAGGGAAAAUGCAAGAAGCAAGGGGGAGUCAAGAUCAGCGGGGUUACAAGCAGAUCCCAGACGGAGAUGUACAGGUCCUAA